GAUAUGUCCAAGCUCCAAAUUAUUGGAACGAUUUUUAAAAGUUUACUUGGAAUUUUAGUGUGUCAUCUAAUUAACCUUUAGGAAAAAAAAUAUUAAAAAGGAUCUUUUGACAUAGAACAGCUGAUUGUACGAUUCACUUGAGUGACACAAUCCUCACAUCAAGAUGGCCGCGAUCGUGAAAGUACAGUAAGGAAGGAACAAUUUUCGGCAUAUAACGCCAAUUUUGACGUUUGAAGUAGUUGUCAUUGUUAAUUGGUGUUUCUGAUAAAACUUCAAUAUGACAGCAGGUACAAGUUUAGUAGUCCCUAUAGUACUAUGGGGUCGAAUAGCACCAACUCAUUGUAUUUCUUGCGUUUAUUUAUCACGAGACCAAAAAACUUUAGUUACGGGAUGUUACGAUGGUCAGAUAUGUUUAUGGCAAGUUGAUCCCGAAACGUUAAAGAUGACACCAAGAUGUUUACUCGUUGGUCAUACCGCUCCAAUAAUGUGCCUAAGUCGAGCUAGUGUUAUCAUGGAGCAAAAUUAUAUUGUUAGUAGCAGUGAAAGCGGAGAGAUGUGCACUUGGGAUCUAGUUGAUGGAAAAUGUCGCGAAGCAGUAAAGCUUAACAAUAUUCAUACGCAAAUGUUGCCUUAUGUCUCAGCUGGAGGAGAAGACGUUAGAUUGUUUUGUUCUGGGUAUUAUCCAGAAGUUUUAGUAAUGGAUCCAUUUAGUUUGGAAGUGCUGUUCACACUGAGUUCUCGGGUGAAUCCUGAUUGGAUUAGUGCUUUGCACGUUCUACGGCCGGCCAAACGGAAAGGUCGGUUCUACGUGCAUACAAACGACGUUGUGUUGGCUCUGACAACGACGGGUACAGUCAAGGUGUGGACGCUUUUGGGACACGAAAAUCGUAACAGCGAACCUCUUUACGAACAUGAGAGCAAACAAAUACGAUGUUUGAAUGCUCUUGCGAUGACUUGCUGCCCGUACAACCAACGUACAGUUCUUAUUGUAUGCUCUAAAUAUUGGCAGAUAUUCGAUGCGGGUGAUUUUUCGGUCCUAUGUUCCAUAACAGCGCCUCGGGGUGAACGUUGGAUGGCUGGUGAUUUUUUGGCUGCAGAUCGUGUUAUUCUAUGGAGUGAUGAGGGUCAUGGCUAUCUUUAUAAAUUGCCAGCUAACAAGCUGAAGGGCAAGGCUCUCAGCAGUAGCGUUGCAGAUAACAAAAGUUUUCAUACAGCUGGGACAGAGUAUGAUCAACCUUAUCUUUAUUGUAUUCUGACUCAACCAGGAGAUAAGCCACUGUCUUGCCCACCUGCAAUGAGACUAGUUACAGUUCAAAGACAGAAUAAAACAUUAAAGUAUUUACUCCGUGGUGAUAGCGAAGGAGUCGUUGUACUUUGGAAAGUACCUGAAUUAACAGCACAACAAUUGGUACAGAUAUGUCAGAAUGAUGGUUCCUCAACACCUACAUUAUCGCCCACAGUUACAACAAGUUUAACAGCUGCUUGGGAAGCAAUGAAACCACCACCUGUUGGUAUCCUGGAUCAAUUGGAUUCCGGAGAUAAGAAUGGUAUUAAGUUGACUGCCAGUAUAUACUUACCACAGCAAAGUCGUUUAGUUGUUGGCCGUGAGGACGGUAGUAUUAUUAUUGUACCAGCCACACAGACAGUGAUGCUACAAUUGCUUCAUGGCAAUCAUCAGCAAUAUGAUGAUUGGCCACCACAUCAGGUAUUAUUAGGUCAUUCAGGACGAGUAAAUUGUCUUUUGUAUCCGCAUGGAGCAGCACCACGUUACGAUCGUGCACAUCUUGUUUCUGGUUCCGUAGAUUUUGCCGUUUGUCUUUGGGACUUGUAUGCCGGUACAUUGAUUCAUCGAUUUUGUGUUCAUGCCGGUGAAAUUACACAAUUGAUGGUUCCUCCGGAUAAUUGUAGCCCUAGAAUACAGAAAUGUAUUUGCAGCGUGGCAUCCGAUCAUAGCGUGACUUUAUUAUCAUUGGCGGAAAGAAAAUGUGUUGUUUUGGCUUCUCGACAUCUUUUCCCUGUAGUUACUAUAAAGUGGAGACCUUUGGACGAUUUUAUGAUAGUUGGAUGUUCGGAUGGUGCCGUGUACGUGUGGCAAAUGGAAACUGGUCACUUAGACAGAGUGUUGCAUGGUAUAAUCGCCGAGGAGGUACUAUUCGCGUGCGACGAGAAUACUAUGACAGCGGCUGGUGGAACUGCCGCUAGUGGUGAACUUGGAUUAGCUAAUCCAGCUGUACAUUUCUUUAGAGGUUUAAGACAUCGGAAUCUAUCGGCAAUUAGGCAUGCAACGCAAAGAGGUUUGCAUCAAUUGCAGCAACUUCAUGGUGGGCACGGUACAGAUCAUGGGAACCAAAUAAAAGCUAAGGGAUCACCGUUGAUGAUACAAGGUUUUAGAAGCAAUCCUAAGGACCCUGAAAGUCAUAUAUUAUUUUUUGAUAUUGAAGCAUUAAUAGUGCAAUUAUUGAGCGACGAGUAUGGCACUAUGUCGCCAGGAUCGUUAGAAUCUCAAGGAUUAAUUUCAGCAUCCGAAUAUCAAAAGGUUGCUGCCCUCACUCAAUCUGCAAGUCCAGACGCUCAUAAAAAAAUUGCAGAUUUUUUCGGUCGUGUCAAGGAUAAGGCAGGUGACGUUGAACGAAUUUUAAAGGAGAAGGACCGUCACGGUAUAUUGGCUAAGAUGAAGGAAGGGGCAGAGAAUGUGCACACUAAAUUACAAGCUAAGGCAGAAAGUGUAGGCCUCAAGCCGUCCACUCUUGACGGCAAAGGUGACAACUGGAACAGUAAUGAUAUCGCGAAAAACAAUCUCAAAAGGAACGGUGCGUUUAGUGAGCCAAACGCAACGAUGGAAGUUGCUCAGUUACUUCUAAGUCUUUUACAUGCAUGGGGAAUGGAUCCAGACUUAGAUCGAGUUUGUGAAGGAAAAUUAGGAUUGUUAAGACCUAUGGUACCAGUUUCGUUUGGGGUGUUAUCUAAGGGAGGAUAUAUGUCAUUAUUACUUCCAACUUGGCAAACUCAAUUGGAACCUGCCGGUGAACCUGCAACGCAAUUGGAACAAAGAUUACCUGUUGAAUUAGUAAGGCAAGAGAGACUUACUAGAGCCUUUACCGCAAGAGCCCAUUGGGAAUUAUCAACAACUAUAACAAGUAACCAUUUAUUGGCUGUAGUAGCAUUAGCCAAUACUUUAAUGUCCAUGAAUAAUGCAACCUUCGUACCUGAACAGGAACGAAAUCGAAAAAUGCACAGACCCGGUAAUAGAGCAGCCGUCAAUUGGAAUAAAGCGGAAGAGGAAAAUGAAGAAAUUUAUACUGUCCAGCAGGCACAAAUCAAACAGGGUUGGUCUCUUUUAGCUACUUUACAUUGUGUACUUUUACCGGACAAGGUAACCGCACAAGGUGGAGCAAAAACGUUUAAACGGCCGCAAGUAGAAAUGAUGGCACGCAGAUGGCAACAUCAAUGUUUAGAGAUACGAGAAGCGGCUCAAGCUUUAUUACUGGCCGAAUUAGGCAGAAUGGGUCCAAAAGGUAGAAAAGCUCUCGUCGACAGUUGGUCACAAUAUUUGCCAAUGUAUAGUACUCAGGAACCUAUUGCACCACAAAUUCAAAACCAAACUCCACCUACGUCAGGUAGCCCGGUUCCAAUGAACGAGACGCAAGGCGAUGAUGAGGAUGAAGAAGAAGAACUGGCCGAAGAAGUAAGUGUAGCUAGGAAGCCAUCGAGCGUAGCGGAACUGAAACGUAAACAGACUACUGCGGUGGUAUUAUUGGGCGUAAUUGGUGCUGAAUUUGGUCAAGAUGUUACUACGACUAACCAAAGAAGAGAUAGCGAACAAAGGCGGAAAAGUUCGAUCGUGGAAGGUUUUGGCAUUGGAAAUAACAAUCUCGCUAGACACACCAGUAUGGCUUUGACGCAUCUGUUACACGCGCCGCAUUCUCCUAAAUUACCUUUGCAUACACCAUUACGAAGGGCUGCAAUUGACCUCAUUGGUAGAGGUUUUACUGUGUGGGAACCAUAUUUGGAUGUAUCCAAGGUACUUUUAGGGCUUCUUGAGAUGUGUUGCGAUGCAGAUAAGUUGGUACCAAGUAUGACCUACGGUCUUCCGCUCACUCCUCAAGCUGAUACAUGUCGUACGGCACGUCAUGCUUUAACCUUAAUAGCUACUGCUAGACCGGCAGCGUUCAUUACGACGAUGGCACGAGAAGUAGCCAGAUUUAACACGGUGCAGCAAAAUGCACAAACUUUGAACGUCAAUGUAGGAGCAAGCGUGUUGACUAGGGCUAAGCCCGAGAUACUCAGAAUAGUAGAACAAUUAAUUGACAAAAUGCAAAGUGAAAUGAGCGAUCUUUUGGUCGAAGUCAUGGAUAUAAUAUUACAUUGUUUAGAUCCUGGUCACUUGAAAGCGAAACCAUUGUCCGAAGUAUUCCCUGCUGUUUGCAGAUUCAAUCAAGUCAGUCAUUGUACAGCAACACGCAGGAUAGCUGUAGGCGGCAGGGGUGGACAAUUGGCGCUUUACGAACUUCGAGGUAACGUCAAAUGUCAAACGGUACCCGCGCAUCAAGGUCCUGUAACCGCAUUAGCAUUUUCACCGGAGGGCAAAUUUUUAGUUAGCUAUUCGUGUUCUGAAAAUAAGCUUUGCUUCUGGCAACAAACAAGUAGUGGUAUGUUCGGUCUGGGUAAUUCACAAAUUCGAUGCGUUAAAUCAUACAGUACUGCGCCCAUCAACGACGUAACGCGAUUGAAUCCUAUGCGUUUAGCUCGACUCGUAUGGAUAAACAAUCGUACGGUCACGUUGAUGUUAGCCGAUGGUUCCGAGACUCGUUUCAACGUUUAAAACUAAAUUUAGAAGAAUUAUUCUACAUUUAAUCGUUGUCGUCGUCGUCGUCGGACAAACAUAACAUGGAGUUUGAUCAACGAUCUGUAGAAACAGAGAGAUUAAGAAGAGUGCCACCGCGGUCGUAAGUGCGCUUGUUGGUACUUAAUAGAUCUAACUAUUAUUCAGAUUUAACGAACGAUACGAUAUACGUGAGAAAUGUUUAUCUCAUAACAGCAGGAUGCGUUAUCGCGAUAGAUUUCUUGAAAAUGCAAUGUAAGAUAUCGACGUUUUUGUUCCUUUAAAACUUAUUCAAGGUAUUGUCGUCUUUUUCCGUUAAUAUUUCCGCUCGAUCUUAAUUUGGUGCUCUAUUCGAUGAAUCGUAUAUGUGUAUGUACAAACGGCCAGACUUUUGGGCUUUUUGAAGGAAUAGAGAAAAUAACCCACCUUCGAAAAAAACUAAAUACGCUUUAUAAAAGUAUAGUUUAUUUUAUCAAUAGUAGCGUAAUCGUACGUUUCUUUACAUCACACACGUAGUCUCUUAUGUAGAUCAAAAUUCGAUCAUUUACAAUGUCAGAAUAACAGUGGACGUGUAGCAUACAGACGAUUGGGAGCGUCCUUUAAUACCGAAGCGCCUAUAUACUCGUCGUAUAUCCUCAGAUCAGAAACAAAUUGAAAACGGUAAUAUCGUUUACACGUGUAUAUAUAUAAUGCAUACCAAAAACUACCGCCAAGGGUUUGUAUAUACACCAGUGCCGAGAUAUAAGGAAGUUGUAUUACCGAUUUAUAUGAAGUUGUAGAUCAAAGCCUUUAGCUUCUAAUAAGUCGCUUCUAGUUUAUUAUUUGAUUUUUGCGGCUCUUACACGUUUUAUUCGAUGCUGUACGAAAGUAAUAGACUGUAUGUUAUUUUUCCAAACUGUUUGUUAUAUUCUUUAUUGAAUUUUGACAGAUGUAAACUGUUCGAUCGUGCAUUCCUUGGUAUAAAAAAGUGAUCAGACAAGAGUAGUUGAAAAAUCAUUGAAAAGUAUUUCAUAAGAAAACGCUUUCUUUAUGAUCACUUAUUACAUGUACACAAUCAAUUUGAUUUUAUUGUACUAAGACUUUAGGAAAGAGAAGUAGUGUUCGUUUGUUGUUGUUGUUGUUGUUGUUGUUGUAUGCAUGUUUAGAAAAAUACGGCUAUCGUUUCUUUCUCGUUUUCUUUCAACGUGCAAAUUUUUUUUUUUCCUUUUUUUUCUUUUUUUCCCCUCCAUUCAUAAUAAAACACACCGCAUAUUUGUGUAUAGAGUAUGGCAAAAAUUAUAUAUAUAUUUACAUAGUGUAAUUUAUUAUUGUUAUCGUCUCGUGCGAAUUGUUUGCACUCUUUGUGCGCCAAAACAAGUAAAUCUAAAGACACGCACGUUCUACGUAUGUAGAUGAUGUAUGUAUCUGUCCGAUAGUAAUAGAAUAAUAAUUUCUGUCAAUAGCAACGAUAGCAACGUGCUUCCUUGUCUCUCAGAUGGCCGUUAUUAUCGUUGUCUUUUUUACAAUCAAUAAUCGAUAUUGCACAAAGUAUGCUCGACUCUGAAAGAUUCCUUCGACAAAUAGUACGUGCGUGUAAUUUAUUUAUAAUAAUAAUAAUAAUAAUAAUAAUAAUAAUAAUAAUAAUAAUAAUAAGAGGAAGAAGAAGAAGAAGAAGAAAUAACAGUAAUAUGGAUAAAGUUUGUCAAACGCUAAGUAAUUAUACUAUGAAUUGUAUUCUUGCUAUAGUCGUUUUUGUUGCGAAUUGUCGUCGUGUCGGUAAAAGGAAAUAAUAAUUUUGAAAAGAUGAUACCGAACUUCGAUCGUAUCGACAAUGAGAUUAAGGCUUCGUAUGUGCAAAGAAAAAAAAAAGGGG